AUGGUGGUAUGCGGUCAUCUCUGCACCGCCUUUGUACCCUGGCUCCACCAGCCAGCUGCCGACGCAAAAACCGCUCCCCACCUGUUCCAAUUACCCUUUUUCCGCCUCGCUGUCGGCGGGCGCAGCGCCGUCGCCAUCUUCUUCCUCGUCACCGGCUAUGUCAACUCGAUUGGUGCCAUUUCAAAGUCGCGCGCCGGCAACCACGAGGCAGCGUUCCACGGUAUCGCCCGUAGUGCAUUGGCCCGCUCUGGACGUUUGAUCCUGCCUACCAUGAUCGCUACCGUAAUCAGCUGGUUCCUGGCCCAGACAAACGCAUACCACAUGACCAAGCACGUUGACGCCCAGUGGAUACGACAGGGCUGGCACCGUCAGGAACCCUCGCUGUGGAUGGCGCUCAAGUCUCUCUUCAAGGCGCAGACGGAGACUUGGGUAAUCGGCUGGGACGAAUAUGACGGCACACAAUGGACACUGCAUCUCUUUCUCGAGGGCGCAUUCCUUGUAUACACGACCAUGUUCGCCACGGUCCUUGUCAGGCCCAAGGCGCGUUUCCUCAUUUACGCAAUAUUGUAUGCCUACUUUUGGCAAGUAGGAAAAGAACUCACGGUCGGCUCCAUCAAGGGCCUGAAUAUUGUCUUCGGCAUGUUCGUUGCCGAGCUACACAACCACUACAAAGACUCGGCUACCUCGGUUCUACCCGCGCCUAUUCCUGCGAUGCUAAUAGUCUUCGGCAUGUUCAUGGCCGGAUUUCCCCAAGACUCUUUCCAAAACGCACACUGGUCUGAAACAAUGGCCACAAUUAUGCAUACGCUCACAGCCGAGAAGACGGAUAUCCGACGCUACUGGGAUCACCUGGGCGCCGCCACUAUCCUGCUCGGUAUCUUCUUUUCGAAAAACGCACGCAAAGUGCUUACCUCGCCUGUCUUCAAUUUCCUAGGUCGUGUCAGCUUCCCUGUCUACCUGAUUCACAACACACUCAUCAAGACGGUCUUGACCUGGAUGAUCUACCUGCCCUCGGCAAUGAACCCACCAAAGAACGAAAAGGGAGAAAUGCAAGAUCUCCAGCGCGGAUCCAUUCCCCAUAUCCUCAUUGCCAUUGCCGUGUUCUACUACAUACUGUACCGCUGCGCCUCUCUAUGGGUUAAAUACGUCGAUCCAAUCUGCGCAAACCUUACCAACGCAGCCACAAAAUGGGCCUAUGGCGAAUCACAGCCAAAAGAAAUCCGGCCAAUACUGGCAAACGGAGCCACGACGGACAAGUCUGUGCUUCCUUCUUAG